GGCAGGUACGCUCGUUCGACGAGAACAACGUUCUUUACCUGCGCGAUCCUUCGACACCGUGGAAAGGAUUGCUCAGGUCGAAAAGGGUGGAGGGGGGGUGUGUGUGCAUGUGCCAGCCCGUUUUCAUCUCGCUCGGGACUUUCAGUGUUACUUCUCGGUACACGAGUUCGCGUUAACGAUCGAGGAAGCGCGGUACUGCGAGUGUCGCAGCGCCGUGUGCACUCGCUGCUGCAGUCAGUGAUCGUGGAGGGUGCUGAGAGUAAAGGGGUGAGAAGAGAAAAGGGAUGAUCGCAGGUGCGCGCGCGAGACAGCAUCUUUAACCCUUUGCGGACGAUUGACUCGUAUACGCGUCCAAACAAAAUCGUCAUAGUAACGUUGAAAUUUUUAGAGAGAGUAUAUGCACUUCUGUCCAAAAGUCAGGGGACAACUAUUAAAAUUCUUAUUAAAAAAAAAGUAUUGGAAUUGUUUUUGUGCCUUAUACAACUAAGGGAUGUGCAAUUGACACUUGUGUAAGAAUGUGUAGCAGACAGAAUUUUAUGAAAAUCAUUAAUUAACAGAAUCUCCCAACAUCUAAUUAUGGGAUCUAGAAUAUUUGUGAAAGUAAUUUAUAGUGAUUGUUAAUAUAUCUUUUUUCUUCAUUGCAGCCUUAAUAUCUUGAUAUAGUGUUUUAAAAUUAAUGUUCAUGGCAGUUUGAAUUAUCCAGUGCAACAUUUCUGCAUAAAUCACAAAGAUAAUUUCUUUUUAUGAUCUAUUGUAUUUUUUAUGAGAUAGCAAAAUGAUUUGCAAAUAAUUUGCAAGAAGCAAACAAUUGAAACUUUUUAAAUCAAAUUCAUAUCAAUCCUUUUUUGUCGAUUUUAUUGUAAAUAAUGAAGAUUUCGUGUCAGGCUUAAAAGUGUUCCGUUCGCAAAGGGUUAACGCUCCUCGUGAACAGUCUACAUCGUACAGAAGAAAUUGAACACGGUGUUGGGAACAAGCGUAGAGAACUCGUCGAGGAACUUCAGAGUUUGAGAAAGGACGACUGCCGCUACCUUGACGAACUUCGAGGUACGAACUUCUAGAAAGCCAAAAGGCCAUGCGACUCUCAGGAGCUUUCGAGGAGUUCCUUAAACCUAACCCAAGAAUACGUCAACCAAUGUGGACAACUUCUAGUACGAUAUUUCAAACGCAAACUUCUCUGAGUGUACUAAUAAAUUUUAUUUGUACAACGAUCAACUGAAACGAUAGAAAUAUUUGUGAAGAAUCUGUCGAAAAAGAUCGACUUUUUGCUUUCUGAAAUCUUUUAUCAACAAUUCGGCGCUGCUAAGCCUGAAAGCCUAUCCCUUACCAAUAGCUCUGCUUAUAGGGAUCCUCUUGGAGGCUUUCACGGAUCAAUUUUUCGGCGUAUCUUUUCAAACAACGAAGACGACAAAAGAAGAUAGAGAGAGAAGUUUGCAACCAUACAGCGAAGAAAGAAGACUUUGCUGGAAAUAAGCUGUUCCCGUUACCUCCACUGCAUUAUCGAUGAAAAGUGUUAACGGAACGGGAAUCCAGUACCGACCACUUUUCCAAUAUCGACCUCGAUUCCAACUUCCAUCCAUAACUUUGGAAAUAACGAUGUAAGAAGAAAUCUUGAAAUAAAGAGAGCAAUAAUUUCUACUUUCGUCGAAACCGGAUGAACUUUCCAAACUGCCAACUUUUCGAUCUUCGACUUUAUAAAAAAUAGAGAAAUUUUCAUGGAAGCUGGAUGAAUUUUUCAGGUUGUGAAGUUUCUCAAAGCGGACUUGUCAGUGGGUAAAAAAUAGAAGAAAAUUCUUCAGUUUCAAAUAAAAUAGAAAAGGAGAAAUACAAGGGAGGGUAGUCAUUAUUAGUGGUGGGAUGCCCCCAUGACAAAAGGGCGGCACGUGGUGAUGUCUUGUUGUUGUUGGUGCUGCGACAGCCUCGGCGGUGCCGGUUCUUCAAGUGCUGAUGCUGGGGAUGUUGUUACCGGUGCAUCUGGUGGCAGUGUAGUUGUCGGUAGUAACAGCAAUAACGCCGGUGGUGGUGGUCUCGGUAUUGCUUCCGGUCUUUCUGCAAUGCUAUCGCUGGUCGUUGUCACGGUGGCCAUCAGUACGGGAGAGUGGCUUCUAACGGAAGAGAAACUGCCGAAAACUUCAUCGAACGCUUCUGCGGAGCCUGACAGCAAAGUUACCUACAGCGGUCUCUGGAGGGUCUGCGUUGCCAUAAGCUCUCGUAUGGAGUACGAAUGUUCGAGCAUUGACUAUUUCCCGAACGAGGAGUACAGCCCGGAUCCGAGCGAUUCGACCAUGGCAAUACCAUACGCAGUUACCAAGUCGGCGAUGUUCUUCUUCGCUGCAACAUCGCUGCUGGUGCUGGCUGAAGUUUGUUACUUCACUGCUCACGUUACUCACCCGAGACACAGACUUUGCGUCUUUGUCGCCGGAGUGGUCUUCAUAGUUUCCGGUUUGUUAAUGCUGGUGGGAAUGGUGAUGUACAUAUCUGUGUUCAAAGCUGAGGUUGGCAGUAAGCUCAGACCAAGGUCGUCAUUUCAGCUUAGAUUGCUUCUUAUCCGUAUCGUGCUCAUACGAAUGAACACCAUCGUCGCAAUCUUGCGAUUUCAGGGACCGCCCUUCACCUACAGGUACGGAUUCUCAUUUCUGCUGUACGUGAGUGGCUUCAUCACGACCGAAGUCGCUGGCACUUACGCCAUUUUCUUGUAUAUCUCUUGGCACCAAAAAGAACUGGUACGGAGAGAUUCCAGGCGAAAAAAUUACGGGGGUGUGUAUCACUUAGACAAUCACCACGUGCAUCAUGCAAAUCAUGCGACAAUAGGUCACAGUGGUUUCCUGUGCGAAAGGCAUCAGAAGAGAUACUUUUUCAGCAGGGAUUCCGUGGAUCACGUCGAUUUCGACGAAUUUUUGCCACCACCGCCAAAUUUGGACUACCAUGACUAUUCCAGACAAUUUCCCAGAGAUCUUACCACCCAGACAGUUAGCACAACGGCUGAUGUGCUCCAGGAAGAGGAAGAAGAAUACAGUCCGAGUGUUCAACACGAAUUCGUCACCUUUGAUCUAGACGAACCACUACCACCACCACCCCCCGUUAGGGGUAGCGAAUGGAGUUUCGAUACGUUGAGGAAAACGACUCCUGUCUGAUAUACCGUCAGAUACGCGCGGUUGGUACAAAGCGUUGAAAGCGACGACGACGAGGAGGAGGAAACGGAAACCGAAGAGGACCACGACCUAGUCGGCGAUUGAACGGAUCCGGUCGAUUUUUUAACGAGACACCUUGCAACGCAACCGGAAGCCUUUCAUCGUUCACGACUCGUCGACAAUCGACGCGGAAACAAACGAAGCUUGGAACGCUUGAUCGAUGAAUUAUCGAAUGGCUAUCGAUCGUAGAACUUGGAGCUAUCGAAAAACUAUCCAUGGCAAGUAAUUCGCUCGUCACCGAUGAAAAUAAGUGAACGAAGAAACGGAAUUAAUCCAUGAACGAUAAAGUGCUUCGACUGUAAUUAACAUGUCUAAUUUUAUAGUUCUCUUGAUGGUGAACAUUUUCAAAUGUAAAUCAAUGACUCGUUUAAUUCGAUGAAUGUUCUAAGAAAGUUUCACCAGUUUUAAAAGGCUUUUAAUUAACUGCUAACGCUCGGAUUCUCGUUUGAACACAAGAAGAGUGUGAAUUUGUUGAAAAUGAACCGUUGGCGAUGAAAAAUAUGAACGAGAUAAAAGGGACACGUGGAUGAACUUAAGGAUUAAUUGAACGAAUCGAGAUGUAAAUGAUCAUUCACGUGAUUCGUGAAAUUUUAAUGUGAGUGUACAGAAAAGAGACAGAAGUAUGGAAAUUAAAAAGGAAAUCACUGAAUUUGGGAGAGACAAAUUUCAUGAUUAUUGCUGCGAUAACGAUCUUAUAGGUAUUAGGAUUAUUUAUAUUGGUUCCUGUUUCCUUGCAAAAGGAAGGAAAGAUGUUUGUUUAAAAGACUGCAAUCUAUAUCUGCCAAAGUUAAUUAAAAUCGAGACUGUGAAUCGAUCAAUCGGUAUAAUUGUAUAAGUAUUAAUAUAUUCGUUGUAAUUGCGAUAUGUAUAAUCGUGGAACACCUGAAUUUUUGUUACUGUGAAAAUCUUUUGUUUUCUAUAUUGUCUGAAAUGGAAUUAUUUUUUACACACAAAUUUUAAAAAGUAUAAUUCGAAUUUUAAUUCUUCUGUUCCUAUUCGCAACUCUAUAUUUAUUUCCAAUUGUGGCAAUUUGCAAAAUUAAAAUCCUAAAUAAUUUUAAACGAUUCAAAAUUAAUUUUUUUAACUGCAAUGCUUAAUUUUUAAUUAAUGUUAAAUUACUAUACGUAAUAAAGAAAUUAUCACAAAAGAUGUCCACAGAAUUAUGAAUAAAAAUAAAGAGAAGACUGGGAUGCUAAGAGACAUUUUUUAGCACAGUUAUAAAAAAAGGAAUUGUGAAAGAUUACAAAACUGAAACUCGUUGAUUUCUUAAUGAUAUUAUAAACAUGUUUACAAUCGAACUGAUUAAAAGGAAUUUUAUCAUAUUCGUUGUACAGAACGAGUAACGUUAUUGUAUCAAUAAUAGGUCUGAAGAUUUUUAAUAAUACUUUAAAUAAUCAUGAAAUAAGUUUUUUAUACGCUGGUCAAUUUUCCACUGAGAUUUUGCAAGUAAAAGUUUAUACGCUGAUUAAAUAAUUGAUGAUUUAAGAAAAGAAAAUUUCAUCAAAUAACUGUUAACUCAUAAACAAGAAAAAAAUUGAUUACAAGUCUGGUUAAAUGCAAUAUGUAUUCUAUGUAAUAUUAAACAUUGUUGCUAAUUUUUUAAUGGAGAAUAAAAUGUACCAAUGUGUUUUUGCUCUAGUGUUCAAUAUUGUUAUCAAAUUUGACAAUAGCAAUCAUGUUUAAAUGAAACAAUUUUU